GCUUUUACGUAAAGCGGCGCUCCGGUUUCCGUGGCGGAGAAGAUGGCGGCUCCUGGACCGGGGGAGUAUUUUAACGUUGGGAGCCAUGUCUCUUGCCUUACCUGCCUGGGCCAACGCUUACAAGGAGAGGUCGUGGCCUUCGAUUACCAGACCAAGAUGUUAACCCUGAAAUGUGCUUCUUCGAGUGGCAAACCCAACCUCAGUGAUGUCAUUCUGAUCAAUUUAGCCUAUGUUUCUGAGGUAGAUAUCAUUAACGAUCGCACCGAGACUCCUCCUCCUCUAGCAUCUUUGAAUGUCAGCAAGCUUGCUAAUCGUGCAAGGACAGAAAGAGAAGACAAAUUGUCUCAAGCCUAUGCAAUAAGCGCUGGGGUUUCGAUCGAGGGCCAGCAACUAUUCCAGACUAUACAUAAAACCAUUAAAGACUGCAAAUGGCAGGAGAAGAACAUUAUUGUGAUGGAUGAUGUUAUAAUCUCACCACCCUAUCAGGUGGAGAAUUGCAAUGGAAAAGAGGGCAGCGCUUUAGGUCAUAUACGCAAAAUUGUUGAAAAACAUUUUAGAGAUCUGGAAACACAAAAAUCGAUGCAGCGCUCACAAGCACAGCAAACACAGAAGGAGUCAUCAUUAUCGUCCUGAAGUGGUGGCGACAGGCACAGAUCAGCCAGAAAGGGCAUAAUGUGUUUCAGCGCCAAGGGAACUACCGGAAAACGGCACUUCCCUUUUUCACCUCUCUUCCCCUUCUUCAGUGUCAUAGUCUGUGGGGGACACCAAGGCGACCUGGAUCAAAUAAAACAAUAAAAAAAUAAUCAAAAACUUUAAAAAAAAAAAAUUGAAACAGUGGAAAAGACUUAAUUCUAAAUUAGACUUUAAAAUACAAACUAUUAAGCAAACCUUAGCUUCCCCAAUUAACAUCUGUGCCCACCUCUUCCUUCUUUCCUCAUUCUUUUAUUUUCAUCCAACAUUCGUCUACUAUUCCAUUUUCUGAAAAAAGAAAAAACCCAAGCAGUCAGAAAAGCUUAUUAGUUUUUUUCUUGCUGUCUUUAUGUUCUACAUGUUGUCUGUAUUUUCUGUAUUUUAAACAAAAUGUGAUGAAAUGGCACACUUUAAAAAGGACAUUUUCUAAAAUAAACUUAUCAAAAAUU